AUGCCAACUUCAUUUCAACCCCACUGCGGCCAGUUUACAUUCUACUUUUCCAAAUGCGGGCAUGCAACCUCUCAUAACUACCAUCGGACUCCCAAAUCAGGGGGAAAAUGCAACAACAACUGCAUAUACGACAGAAAGAUAGACUACUGGUUCUGGGCAGGGAAAGACAAGCGCUGUUCUUUCUGUGGACUGGGACAGGAGCAUGGAUUCGGAACACAGCAUCCAAUUCCCGAGAAUGAAGGACCGCGAUCAUUAUUGUUUGAAAAGGUGAAAGAAGGAAUGACUCUAGGAGAACCAGAUGAGGUCUACAAUGCGCGGUUUGACGAGGCAGCCGCAUUGUACAAUCGAAGGGCUCUGGAGGAGAUUAGUCUUGCAGAUGCAAGAACAAAAGAGCAGACUCCGAAUUCAGGAACGCUCAGGACCCAGCGAAGAUUGAGAUUCAAAAACAGAAAGGAAGUGCGACGAUUGAGAGCAAAGAGAAGGACGGAGAGAUGGGUCCAGAAUAUUCGCGACGAACAAUAUCGGGCAGUGAAAGUAAGAAUGGCGGUCGGUAAACAGCCAUUCAUCAUAGGGGGCGUUGAAAACCCUUACAUGGACCUCUUCAGCAAAGUGUUCGUUAUUUCUCUAGCCCAACCGAUUGACAACUGCGCAAUGUGUCAGUACCCACUGGACAACAUAGAAGAAUGUGGCGGUCCACACUCCCUCCCUUGCGGACACAUGUUCCACUUGAACUGCAUGGAAGAGCUAUUUGCCCAGAGAGCAGAGUCCGAUGAGAAAGAAGUCUUCAAGUGCCCACUCUGCAACGUCUGGUUCCGGGACUUGCGAGAAGUGCCAGACUUUUAUGACAGAUAUUGGAGGCACCAGCAGGAAUUCAAUAGCAACGCAUCAAGCUCAAUACUGUCAGAUUCUGAUGAUGAUGAGCAAAAGGGCGAUCGACCUCCACCAUGGAUUUUCAGACCGGAAGAACUCUUUGAUGUUCCCGAGUGGCUUGAAAAACGAACCGGCACAAGAAGCAAUAUCCGACUUCGGGGGGUCGUGCAAAAUUCCCUGGCUUCUCGGAGUCAAGCUGAGACAGAAGUAGACAAUUCAUCGCCACCACAGCCAGCACGCCGACCUGGAACACAUGCUUUACUGAGCCACUUGGGGACUACCGAGCAAGCCAUUGAUGUGGAACCGGAUGAACUUCAAGUUCGAGUCCAAAGUCAGCCCGAGGUAGCAGAAACCAACUCGACAAUCGCAAACACCCCGUCAACGGAAACUGGGAACGACUCACUGUUAGAUGCAGGGAACAGUCUAGCCACAAACAACCCACCUGCUGCUGCCACAUCGAGAGCCCGGGCGAGGAAACGUAACCCCGACAGACAACGCGUUGAAGGAGAUGAACGUCCUCGAAAAAGACGAAAAUGA